GCAUGUUAUAUCCAACAAACUAAGGGUACUAUUGUCUAUCAAGCCACAACCAAUUAUAUCCUUGCACCUUCAUGUAAAAACAAAACCUUAAACCCCAUAUAAACCUCCUCCCUCUUCACUCACUCGCCCAUUCAUCUCCAUAGCCACCUUCUCUUCUCUUUCACUCUUUUUCUCUUUAGUAGAAAAAGAAAAAGAAAAAGAUGGCAGACCCAUCAAUCUACAACUUCUUUAACCAGCAACAAAACCAACCACAGCAGCAGCAGCAGCAACAACAACAAGAACAACUUCCCUUUCCUUCAUCAAGACCAUCAAGAAAGAACCCAAUACCACAACAACCACCAACUUCCUCUUCUCGUCUCUUUCAAUGCCUUUACUGUCCUCGUAAAUUCUACACUUCUCAAGCUCUCGGUGGCCACCAGAAUGCUCACAAGCGCGAACGUGCUGCGGCUCACAGAAACUUAUCUCUCCAGUCACCACCCAAUAUCUCUGCUCACUACUUCCCUCCAGACCCAUACAUGAUGAACCACCCUGAUGCUGCCCCAUUUCUUGACGAUCACCACCACUACUACUGCCUCGAACCAAAACAAACCAUGACCGACUACCAGUUUCCAUCACCUCCUCAAGUUGGGUUCUGUGGUGGGUCUACUGCUUCUAGUGCUCUUAAUGCUAUUGAUGAUUCUCUAUCUCCCGUUGCUGAUCUUAAUGCUGACCCUGUUAAUCUCGACCUCACUCUUCAUUUGUGAUUUUUUUUCUCGGUUCUUGUAAGUGAAGUGAUUCUUAUGUUUUAAUGGGUUUUUUUUUAAUGGUACCUAGUGACUAAUGAGGUGGGUUUUAGCUAUUAGAUACUAUAUUUAUAUAUGUUAGGGUUUUAACUUUUUAACUACUUUUAAAAGCAGUUUUUGAAAGCCGGGUUUUACUUGUUUUAGUGAGAUCAUCAUAUGUUUGUACUCCUCGAUGAACCGAUUAUAAAUUAAUUGAUAUCCAAUGAUCUCUGUUCAUGCUUCUUAAUUAUCUUCUCUCUCUAUACGUAACUGUACGUACUGAUGUGAUAUUGUUUGAUUUGAUCCCCUCCAAAAUGCCCUUCUGGUCACCGGACUGGCCAUGGAAUGUGCAGGUGAGUACUUUUGUUUAGUACUAUAUAGUCCGAUCAGUCAUGUCUCUCUUAGCUUGCAAACUGUUCUCUCUCAUUUU